AUGAGAGAUCAACCUCUGACGCUACUUGACAUCAUGGAGAGAGACAUUCCACACACCGAAUUCGGGUGUAUGUCGGCAUGUCAUACCGCCGUCUGUGAUGAGAAGAGGCCAGACGAAGUCACUCAUCUCGCAGUUGGUCUCCGGUUUUCGGGGUUCAGGAACGUUGCUGGCAUGCUGUGGGAGGUCGACGAUGCUGUCGCCAAACAUGACGUCGAAGCUUUCUGCAAAUAUGUGUUCAAUCCGAAGGUUGGUGUCAUGGAGUGUACGAAGUAUGCACUCGACUGUGCUACACAUUUUGUGAAAUACAAAAGUGCCACUCGAACAGAAGAUGGUUUUCAUUCAUAUCGGUGUGUAGUUAUUUUAUGUCGUAUUCCUUUCAUCUCGCAGUGUAUCUUUACCAUACCUUCAUCGUGGUGA